AUGCUGGCCACUAGAAGGGUCGUCCUUGCCCUGCUCACGGUACAGCUCGCCUCGUUCGCUAGCUCACAUCUUGCUGAGCGCCGUGAACAUCAACAUGUUGCGCGGGAGUCGGAGCUGUUUGCAAGCAAGGAGGAGGUGAACAACCUUAGGAGGAUGGAGAAGGAUCUGCAGCUAGAAAUCAAGGCUGUGAACCUUUAUGAUCGGAUUAGGAAGAGCAAGCUCGACAACAGAAACCUGGGGGUGCGUUUGGACAGAUUGAUCAGGCAGUCCAACACUGUGCUCAACCAGGCAGUGGGUGCAGACGCAGACCGAAUGCUGGAGGAGAAGGUGGAGGGAAGCAAAUACGCAUGGCAGCAGUGCAAGGAUGUCGGGGUCAUGGCGAGCAGCGCAAGCACGCAGGAGGACUACGACAACGUGUGCGCCUUUGUGAAGGAGCGAUGCAAACCCAAGGACGGGCUGGUCAACUAUGUUGAGAUCCCAUACUGCUGGAUGCCGAAAGCCACCGCUCUUGCUGGUGUUGUCCUCUUCCUCUGGAUCUUGAUCCUGUUUGUCUGGCUCAUGGCCAUGGUGGACUUUCUCAUCCCGUCGCUGGCCACCAUGUCAAGGAUGUGCAUGCUGCGACAGAGCGUUGCCGGCGUUACCUUCCUCGCGAUUGGGAACGGAUCCUCUGACUUGUUCAGCAUGACAGCAGCGACUCUGUCUGGGAUCAAGGGCAUGGAGCUGGCGAUCGGAGAGGUGCUGGGGAACGGAAUGUUGAUUUUCUGUGGCAUCCAGGGGCUGAUUGCGAUCCUGACUCCGUUCACGGCGAACAGAGGGGAGUACCUUCGAGACUGUGGAUUCUACCUGCUUUCCCUUGCUUUGAGCACGAUUAUUCUUUUGGACGGUCAGAUCUCGACUAUGGAGGGAAUUAUUUUCCUGAUUGUCUACGCCACAUACGUUGUCGUUGUCAUCUACUUUGAGAAAAUUUUGCUGGUGUUCGGCAUGGAGCCAUUGGAGGAAGAUGUUGCUCUGGCAACUCCGAACGUGGUGGAGGAGGGGGAGAAGGAGAAAUCUUCGCUCAUACAGAAGGAUGAUGAACUGCAUGAAGUUCUCCUCCGACAUUUCAUGCCGCCGUCUCACGCGAGGCUGGAGAAGAUGAGCUGGUUCGAGAAGGUGUUGGUUUUUAUCCAGAUCCCGGUCUCCACGGUUAUGAAGCUGACGGUUCCGGUCGUGGAUGAAUCUUUGCCUGAGGACGGCUGGCAUCUCUACACCAACAGCCCCUACCGCCUACUCUACACUCUCGUCGGUAUGCUCGUUGCCGCGGUCAUCGGCGCCUUCGUCGCCUACUACAUCUGGUCCUCCACCUCCAACAAGCGCCCAGCUUGGCACCGAUCUCUGGCAUUCGCCGGCUUUGCCGCUGCCGUCAUCUGGAUCUACGCGACUGCUGCCGAGAUCGUCAACGUUGUCCUGGCCUUCGGGUGCGCAAGCAUCGGCAUGCAGGACCUCGUGACCAACAUCGGAGUCGCGCGCGCUGGUUACCCCAACAUGGCAGCGAGCGCCUGCGUGGGGGCUCCGCUGAUGAACAUCCUGAUGGGCCUCGGCUGCUGCGCCAUCUUCGGCAACUGGCUCGUGCACAGUCCGUACCCUCUACAUUUAACGACGCAGAUUAUCGUCUGUCUCGCCUUCCUCUUCUCGUCAGUCUUCGUUGCCGUCCUCUACUUGAACUUCACGGGCUUUAAGGCCGAUGCUCUCUUCGGCACCGUGCUAGUCGCAUGCUACGUCAUCUUCAUGGUCACGAGCCUGGCGCUGGACUCAUACGCGGACGAUUCUUACUUGACGUUUCAUGUGAUGGGGAGAUGA